AACUUUGUCUAUUACCGCUGACCCCUUUUGACUCAGAAAGGUUCAGCCCCAUUCAAGAUAUCCAUUCUGCUUUCCCAUUUGUUUCUGUCAACAUAGCAAAAAUGGCCCCCCCUUGGCUUCCACUCGAGUCUAAUCCUGAUGUUAUGAACAAGUUUGUGAAGAACCUGGGUCUAAAGCCAAAGUUCAAGUUUGUUGAUGUCUUUGGUCUUGAUGACGAACUGUUGUGCAUGCUUCCACAGCCAGUGUUUGCCUUUCUGUUACUAUUUCCAGUCGAUGAAAAGUAUGAAGCUUUCACUAAAUCCCAGUCAGAGCAAAUAAAAAAGAGUGGGCAGGAGGUCAGCCCAGACUUGUACUAUAUGAAGCAAACAGUUAGCAAUGCUUGUGGGACUGUGGCAAUUGUACACUCUAUAGCUAAUAACACCUCACAACUUGAUCUUGAAGAUGGAGAGCUUAAAAAAUUCAUAGAUGCUACAAGAUCACUUAGUCCCCAGGAGAGAGGAGAGAAACUAGAAACAGACGAGGGUAUCACUGAGGCUCAUGAAGCCAGUGCACAGGAAGGCCAAACUGAGGCACCCUCUGCCGACGAACCUGUCAAUUUGCAUUUUGUAUCUAUAGUUCACAAAGAUGGUGCUGUUUAUGAACUUGAUGGACGUAAAGAGUUCCCCAUCAAUCAUGGGAAAUCAACACCUGAAACAUUUAUGAAGGAUGCGGCACGAGUGUGUAGAGAAUUCAUGACAAGAGACCCUACAGAACUCCACUUCACUGUUGUUGCCCUUGCAGAGAGUCCAGAGUAAUAAAACCUCUCCUUGCUGGGAUUCGAAAGAAAUUGAACCUAUAUUCACUGCAUGAGAAACAGUUCAUUGCUGUUAUCCCCUACAAUAGUUCUAGAUGCACAAAUUCUCGUUAUCUAAUGUAAGACCUACAGUAAUCAGCCUACUGGAAUCUUGCACCACAGAGAAGCUCUUGUAAGGGGGCAAGAGUUAUCGACACCUAAUUUAAUUCGGAAAUGCAUGGCUUAACAAAUGGAAUGAAUUUAUUUUAUUCAGUAAGCUAUAUUUAAACAUAGCUUUCUGGCGAGAGGUAUGGUUCGUUAGACUUGUACUUUGGGGUCUGUUAGGACCAAAGCGCAACUCAACGUAAGAGAUAAAUAGACUAAAUUCGACCACAA